UUGGAGCUUUUAUCAUUUAAAAUACAAAAUGACUCUUGAGACAAAAGAGCGGAUUCACACGCUUUCAUUAAUUAAAAUGCAUUUGCAUAAGCUUGUGCCGUCACAGUUGAGACGAUAGAACUUGAAAGAACUGUGUGUACAUUCGACCACUCUUCGGAAAAUUCAUCAUUUUGUGGAAAGUCCUUUUUUUCUCACUGGGAUACCAACUGUGUGGCAUGAUGCAGACUUGUGUGCUGUAGUAUUAAGUGUUUGACACUCAUUGGAGCAAAGACAAAAAAUACAUUUUAGAAGGAAAUCCAUGUGAGAAGUGUGGGAGGGUGCACAGAGCGAAAGAAUAAAAAAACAGGCCGUGUGGGAAAAGCUCGUUGCGUUUAACUUUGUGGCGGAAGUGACUUGAAAGUCCUGUCGGAAGUGGGCAAAAGACACUCACUCACAUAGUUCCAGGCAUUAUAUCGCGGGUGAGGUGGAAAAUAAUUUCACCAAAUGGAAUAUUAUUAUUUGUACUCUACAAGUCCAUUUACUCUAUUUGUGCGGCAUCAGCACGAGGGGGUGUAAAAAUAAACCCCCAAACAGUGAGUGGAAGGGCCAAAGGAGGGAGAAAAAAUCUUUAUUACGAUGGAAAAUAGAGUUUCGUGACAGUUGGUAAUAAACAGAAUGCUGAAGUGAGAAUUACCCAAAAGCCCCUUUUGCCGAAAAGCACCCCCCCAAAAAUCCGCAUGUGAAAGUGGAAGUGAGACGAGAAAUCACAAGAGAACACCAAGAGAAGAAAUUGCUGUGCUUUGGUGUAUCGAAGUGAAUUGUGUGAGCAGAGUUGGAAGAAGCCAACCAACUCUGUUUUUGUGCGUGAACAUUGAUCUAAAAAGGAAAAAAAAAGUAGAGUGUGGGAAAGACUUUGUGUGUGCCCAUCAUCCUCCUCAUGAGCCCAGAGUGCGAAUUGUACAAGGGACUGAGCGUCAAAACCACCCAAUACGAUCAUCAUCCACCCCCUCAUCGAAGGGUGACGACUACCUUAGUUUGAGCAUCAAACUAACGACCCCGAAGAAAGACAAGGAGGGACGCUAUGAGAGGGCUGAGUGAAAUAUUUUUUGCACAAACUCUUUUUCUACUUAAUGGAAUUUUUAUGACCACAAUACACGGAGACGAAGAUUUACCCAAAUUUGGUGAACCCAUACAGAAUGUGACUGUUCCCAUUGGUCGGGAAGCAACACUCAGCUGCACGAUAGACAAUUUGCAGACGUACAAGAUUGCGUGGCUCCGUGUGGACACGCAAACAAUUCUCACGAUCCAGAAUCAUGUUAUUACGAAGAAUCAUCGGAUGAGUAUCACGCACGCCGAGAAGAGAUCAUGGGUUCUUAAGAUUCGUGAUGUUAAGGAGUCAGACAAGGGAUGGUACAUGUGUCAAAUAAACACGGAUCCCAUGAAGAAUCAAGUUGGAUACUUGGACGUUGUUGUUCCGCCGGAUAUUUUGGACUAUCCAACAAGCACGGACAUGGUUGUGCGGGAGGGAAGCAAUGUGACGCUAAAAUGUGCCGCCACUGGAUCCCCAACGCCAACAAUCACCUGGCGUCGAGAGGGUGGAGAACCCAUUUCUCUAGCUGGCGGAAAGGAAGUGACCAGCUUCAAUGGGUCCGUGCUUACAAUUCCACGAGUGAACCGACUGAACAUGGGAGCUUAUCUCUGUAUAGCAUCGAAUGGUAUUCCACCAACAAUUAGCAAAAGAGUCAUGCUCAUCGUACACUUUCCACCAAUGAUCUGGAUCCAGAAUCAACUUGUCGGUGCAGCACUUGGUCAAUCGAUAACACUCGACUGUCAAUCGGAAGCUUUUCCCAAAUCCAUCAACUACUGGAUGCUCAACGAUACAAUCAUCACUCCAGGAGAACGGCACGAGCCCACGACGUACGAGAACACCUAUCGAGUUGUGAUGCGACUCACGAUAAAGAGGGUAGAAAAUGCAGACUUUGGAUCCUACAAGUGUGUCGCGAAGAAUUCACUCGGAGACACCGAUGGAGCCAUCAAAUUAUACCAUAUUCCGCAUUCAACGUUAUUGACUACAUAUCUUCCAACGACUGCAGUUGAGACGACCCCAUUGAUAAUUCAACAGCAGAAGGAGAAUCCCGAAGAUCGAGCAACGUACUACAAAUCAACCGCUGGAGCUUCUGUAGCAGUGAAUAAAAUUCUAAUCGGAUCAACAUCCGGCUCCUGGAAUUCGGAUGGUCGAGAAAGAGAUCAUCGCCAUCGGUUCGACAGUGUGCCAAGCACGGAGGUCCAGAGGGACGUGGAUCUCAUUACAAAGGAGCAAUAUGAAGCCUCAUCUAAGGCGUCAAAAGCUUCCCAGCAUCCAUCCCAAUUCCAAUGGAUUCACUUAAUGCUUCUCAUCGUAUCCAGCGUGGCUUCCAAUUGUAGACGAUACACCAAGUGAAUGGCUCCUCUAUAUGUAUAUGAUGGGCAAUUGAAAUGAGAUUGGCAUUGAUGGGUGCAACAUAAUUAAUUCCCCGCACACAGCUUUAAUUGAAAACUGCUCUUUCCUCCCGUCGCGAUAAAUCUCACAGAUUAUUUUCACCCUACCAAUUCCAUGCUGGGUGUAGCACAUAAAUGGACCAACCCGUGGAAUCUAAUCAUCGAAAGUGAAUUAAAAAAGAAUCGCAGUGAAGACGCUAAGGGGAGAAUAAAUCAUUUUUCAAUUGAUUUCUGAGUGCAUUCCUUUGCUUGGCGUUAUUAAAUUUAUCUCCCUAUUCGAGGAUAAAGAAAAAAAAUUCAAGAAUUCAAUGAGCAUUUCUUAAUUGGAUUUUCCUUUCAUACAUACAUAUAUGUUUUAACUCAAAGAGUAAAACUUUAUUUUUUUUUAAAUUUAAUUAACUUUUUGUGAUCAAAGAAUUUUUUCAUAGGUACCAUGCGAUAUUUUGUUAAAGUCAGAGUAAAGAGAAAAUUUGAUUUAUUAAAUAUGGAUCGAUGCUUGUUUUACACAAAAAAAUAAUAUGUAUACCCUAUCUAAAAUAUCAUAAAUGAAAAACAAAUAGCUAUUUAAUACUGGUCGCUCUGUGAAUGCAAAAAAAAUAUGAAAUACAAAAUUGGAAAUUUAUGGACGUACCAAUUUCAAUGCAAAUUAGUCAACAAUUCCAAUUGAGUGGAAAAAUAUAAACAAAGAAUAAAAAAUUCAUUGAAUAGAUGCGAUAAAAAAAACAAAUGAAUGAGACUGCAGUAAUCUACUUAUAUGCAAAUAUACAUCCCCUGAACAAAAAGGACUAAACUCACAACCAAAAAUAUUAUUGAAAAGCAAACGAUUUAAUUUAAAAUAGAAUAUUAAGCAAAAUAAAGUAAUGUGGGGAAGUUUUGUAGCA